AAGCGUGUAUUGUUUUUUUUUUUGUUUUCAGUCAAAUUUUAAGGCCGCAGCAUCGCAAAUUUUCACGUAAAUUGCUUCUGAACCAAUAAAUACUUGCUUGGCAAUAUUCAACGAUGUCUAAAAUAGUUCGCAGGGACAUUUCUCCCAUGUUGCAAGAGCUCCGUAAUUUUCUAUUGGGCCGAAAACAUAACAACGCUUUACGUUGGGAGGAUGGAAUAGCCGCUAGGACACAACCGCCACCAAACUUACCAGAAGGACCGCACCACAAAUUAUCGGCAAAUCAUUAUUGUAUUCGGGAUGCUCGACGAGAAGUGGCUCCACCAAUUAAUGUGUCAUCCCAGAAAUUACUUGCGGACAAAAGCUUUACUAAAUUGCCGACUCCCGGAAGAUCCUACGCCUGGGAUAAGCAUUAAAUCUCGCCUGAACACUUUAGUGGAACUGUAAACGGAAAAAAAUUCUAACCCAAUGUAAAUGAUUAAAAAAAUAAAAUUUCCUGUUCCUGUUUCAAUAA